AUGGGCUGGUUCUGGUCAGACACAAACCCGAGCGCACCUCGACCGAGCCCUGCACCACCACAACCGACAGCCGCAAGUCCGCCUCCAUCAUGUCCAAUGCACAAGUCGGACUCAAAAUCUUCACCCUUCAACCGCACAUCUGAACCCGCGAGACCGUCAGCAUGUCCAGUCAAAGACCCGACAAAUCACCCUCUACUCAACACACCCAAACAACCCCAGUCCACAUCAACGCCACCCUCACAAUCACAAUCCCAACCCUCCCUCCUCUCCAAAUAUAACCCUCUCAACCUCAUCCCCACUGGCCUCACGAACACCCGCUCCGACUCCUCCAUCCCUCGCUCCGACACAAAUGCCAACUGGGAGUAUCCCUCGCCACAACAGAUGUACAACGCCAUGCUCCGGAAAGGCUACACAGACACACCUAUCGAUGCCGUUGAGUCUAUGGUCGCCGUGCACAACUUUUUGAACGAAGGCGCCUGGGCUGAGAUCGUCGAAUGGGAAAGCCUCUUCUCGCAAGGCCUCUCCGCAGGCUGGCAGAAUUGUGCGAGAGGAGAGGGCUUCAUCGCCUUUCAUCGCGCGAAGAGGGAACAGAUGGCGGAGAGAAGGCUAAGUCUAGGUCUCCCGGAGCAGAGUUCGACAGAGGUAGCAGCAGAACCAAAGUUGGUGCGCUUUCAGGGCCGGCCGAAGGAGCCUACACCAAAAGCACGAAUAUUGAGUCUACUGGGCAUGGCAUUCCCAGCAACGUUUGGCUCAGAGCCGCCUUUUGACAGGCACGACUGGUACGUCUCCCGCCGAGGUCCGGAUGGCACCGAGAAACAGGUGCGUUAUGUAAUCGACUACUACGGCGGAGGCGUGCAAGAGACAGGCGAGCCAGUCUUCUACCUCGAUAUCAGACCUGCGCUGGACACGCCCACCGCCGCUGCGGAAAGAGCCAUUCGAUGGAGCGGCGACUUGUGGUGGCGCGCUAGCGGAGGAGUGGCGAGAGAGAUGGACAGGGUGAGGCAGCAGCAGGAGGAUGCGCUGGCGAGGCGGGAGGCAGAAGGCUGA